GUUGGAUUCAUCAUGUUUGGAAUGGCCAGUAGUGGACGAUAUUUGAACAUGCGUCGAGCUAGUUAGCUCACGUUAGCACCAGUUAACAACCCAUGAAUGCAGUCUUUUUAUGAUCCUGCAUGUUAGUUCUAUUUUCAUUAAUUCUGUUAGCUUGCGUAUGAACAGCAAAACAGUGAAAGUUAUUUCACUAGACAGCUUAUCUGCAAAGGGAUUCUAUUACAGCAAAGCUCCAGCAUGGCAGACAGCAUUAUGAGCAGGGCUGCCACCAUGGAGAUUCCCAUUAACAGCAACGGGGACUCCAGGACCAUCCCCGAGGAUGACGGUCUGGAACAGGCUGCAAAGGCUCAGUGGAGCUUAGAUGAGAAGGCAGACUCAAGGGAUCUGCAGCAGGUAAUGGUAUCCGGGCCUAAUCUGAACGAGACCAGCAUCGUAUCGGGUGGCUACGGAGGCACGGCCGAGGGCAUCAUCCCCACCAGCUCUAUCAAAGGGCCAGCUAUCCACUUCAAUGCUGACUUUCUCCCCCGGCGCAUUCCUGCCCCAGGACAAGGAUCCAACAUGCAUCACAGUGGAAGCAACCAAUCAGGCAUGGCCGAGGAGGCCACAAGAGGCAUCGCCGUGGAGAAGUUCGACAUCAUGAAGAAGUGGGGCCUAAACACCUACAAGUGCACAAAGCAGCUGAUCUCGGAGCGGUUUGGACGCGGCUCCAGAACGGUGGACUUGGAGCUGGAGGCUCAGAUCGAGGUUCUUCGGGACACCAAGCGGAAGUACGAGAACGUUCUUCGUCUGGCGAGAGCGCUCACCAACCACUUCUACAGCAUGGUGCAGACCCAGCAUGCCCUUGGAGACACCUUCGCGGACCUGAGCCAGAAGUCACCAGAACUACGGGACGAGUUUGGUUACAAUGCAGAGACACAGAAGUUGCUGUGCAAGAAUGGAGAGACGCUCUUGGGCGCCAUUAACUUCUUUGUGUCCAGCAUCAACACAUUGGUGAACAAGACCAUGGCAGACACUCUUUGGACCAUCAAGCUGUAUGAAAAUGCCAGACUAGAAUAUGAUGCGUAUCGGGCAGACCUUGAGGAGCUGAACCUGGGCCCGCGUGAUGCCGUCACCAUGGCGAGGAUCGAGGGCGCUCAGGAGGAGUACCAGGCUCAGAAGGACAAAUACGAGCGUCUCCGUAGCGAUGUGACCAUCAAGCUCAAGUUCCUAGAAGAGAACAAGGUGAAGGUGAUGCACAAGCAGCUGCUCCUCUUCCACAACGCCAUCUCGGCCUACUUUGCUGGCAACCAGCAGCAGCUGGAACAGACCCUCAAGCAGUUCAACAUCAAGCUCAAGCCUCCCGGUGACGACAAACCCUCUUGGCUGGAGGAGCAGUGAGCCGAGCCUUAUGGACCGGCCGGCUGACCGACCACACACACACACACACACACACACACACACACACACACACACACACACUGUUAACUCAACUUUGACCCGGGACCAAGACAGCCCGUUUUCCCUCUCCUUCUUCCUCCUCUUCCUCCUCCUCAUCCUCAUCCUCUAUCUUCAGUUCCUGAAUUUGGUUCAGUCACUGAUUUAAAAAAAGAAGCCCCACACUCCACUUGCAUACAGAUGUUUCUUUUUUGGAGAGAACGGCUGAAGAAAACCGAUACAUCCAGAACAUAGAACUCGUUCCAUACGAUCCUCUCUUACUGUAUUUCAAUCAUCACAAACCUUAUAGCCACCAAAGCCCAAGUCCUUAAAAACGGACUAAUAUCCACCUGUGGACUAGUGGAUAUGUUUACUGCUUUCACUAAUAUCCACCUGUGGACUAGUGGAUAUGUUUACUGCUUUCACUAAUAUCCACCUGUGGACUAGUGGAUAUGUUUACUGCUUUCACUAAUCUCCACCUGUGGACUAGUGGAUAUGUUUACUGCUUUCACUAAUAUCCACCUGUGGACUAGUGGAUAUGUUUACUGCUUUCACUAAUAUCCACCUGUGGACUAGUGGAUAUGUUUACUGCUUUCAUUUUUGAAUUACAAGCCUGUUGUUGUCAGUGUGAUUGUGAUGACAGACUUAUGAAGGACAUGGUUUAUCUGAGGAUUAUUCAGAUAUUUAGCUGAAAGGGGUCAGUGAUUUUUGGGCUUGUGUUUACUAGUGUAUGUGUUUUGUUGUUCAGAAACCCUUUGGAAAUGGAGCUUGGGAAGAUGUACUGUAUGAAGCAGGCACACUACAUGUGGUGUAGCUGAUGCUUAUGGAUGAUGAAUAUUUCCCAAACCACCUGACAUGCAUACUAAAAUGCCCCCGUGGGUAAUUUUUUCGAAAUCGUGAACACUCUUCAGAAUGCAUCUUCAGUAACCGGUCGUUCAGCUUCAGAGAAAGGUCACAAAAGAAGCAUUUAUGUCUAUGUUGGUCUUGGAAAAAAAACGUCUGGUGGAGGUCUUAUUCUGACGUCCAGCAUCCAUUAGUCCAGUGCCUGCUCCCUCCAACCAAGCCUUGGAAGUGGAGACUAUUCAUGUACAGUAUUCAGUGUCAGUGGUCACUGCAAAAAUUGAUCAUGUCGGUAAAUCAGUAAUGUCCUGAUUGCAUCCCAGUCGUUUAGCUUCAUGUUAGUUGCUAGUUGCCACACAACUGCACGGCUCUUGUUUUGGCACUCGUCAGAUAGUGGUGUAAAAAGUUGUGAAAUACGUUUUGGCAUCUAAGAAUGGGUCAGGGCUUAAGUUAAGUUCAGUGAUUUUUUUUUUUUUUUUUUUUUAACAACAGACCAUUGCUGUUUGCAAAGUAAGUCUUGUUGGAAUUCCAAACACUUUGAAGACCUUGGGUGGAACACUGCUUAGUUUUUUCUUGUAUGCUCAUGUUUAUAUGUCUGCACUCCCUUAUUGAAACUGAUAGGUGGACAUGUAACAACAAGUCUUAUACUAUUGUUUGUUUGUUUGUUUGUUUGUGUGUGUCCAUAACAGAUAACUCCAUUGUCCAGUGAAGAAUAAUUGCCAAAAUCCUUAUAAGCAUGAAUGCAUUUAUCUCUAUUAGAAAACUAAACCGGAAAUGUAACUUAAUUUUCACUACAAGCCUCACUUUUGCCAGCUUGGGAAAAGACUGCACAAAUGUGUGGUAUUGUUUACUUCCCUGUUCUUUGAUGUGCAAUGUGAUUUUUAGUUUUUAAACUCAAAAAGCAGAUAAGAGGCAAACAACAUAACACCUUUGCACUGGGAAGACAGUGGCUUGUUUUUGUUGCAAACUUUAUCUGAUAUCUCCAGAUUAUAUUCUGUAUUUGUUGUAAUUUGUCUUGAGUAAGAACUAUGAAUCAAUGCUGAUAUAGACUUUAUGCAAAAUCAACAUGCACAUAGAAUAAUGCUUGCUAGUUGCUACAAAUGUCUAACUGGCGCACACCAUGCUAAAUACUCGUUUGGAAUGCUAGCGCCUUUUUUAACUACAAAAAACCUACUCACAUUAUUAAUACAUGAUCAUUGACACUUUGACCCUAAUAGCUGCAAAGAAAACUGCUGAAAUCUCUCGUUUUAGUAGAGGUAUUUGACAACGCGGUCGCUCUUGAAAACACGUAAUUGUUCAACACUAUAGGAGACUUAUGAGCUUGCCAUGAAGCAAUACAAAGGACAUGUCUCUAAUAAUCUAGUCAUGUACUCUGGUCCGUUUGUUACUCUGCUCAAUGUGUGCAUGUCAUUGCAAAUCCUCCAUAUCUGUCAUGACUGUCUUUGGUCAGCGUAAGACAUGACUGUGGUUAUUUUGUAAACCCCUCCCCCCCAAAUAUGUCCUUGUGCAGUCCUACCACUUUGACAUGUACACUGUUUGUCAGAUUGACUUGAUAUAACCUAGACGCUGGGGAUAGGACCGAUACAUUGACAGAACUAUAUUUAACAAAGAAAGCUUACAUUUUUACAGAAUGUUUUUAUUUUUCCUAUAAAUGUUGUGGCAUGUGGCGUACAGACAGGAUCAUGCAUACUGUAGAAUUAUGUCUGCAAUGAAUGUCAUAGACAUUACUGAUACUGUAUCUUAAAUGGUCUCAAACUCUGAUGGAACUGAACCUUGAAGUACUAAAGGUUUUUUUUGUACUAUUAACUCCAAUCUGACCUAAUGCUCCUGGUGUUCCUUGCCUCUUUGUACAAUUCCGACCCCGUAAAGUUGAUUGUUUUCAUACAUCAGUGUGUGUCCUUUUAACCACUAGUGAAGACCAUGAAAAGAGUUCUGAUGUAGUCAUAGGCGGCAGCUGAUGGAAGGAUUUCUAAACAUAUAUUAUUUGUGUACAAUCAGUUGUUAACAGCUGCUCUGAUUUUUCUAGUGUAUGAUUGUAUAUAUGGAUAUUUAAGAUGACAAGACGUGAACUGUAUUUCUGUAAAGAUUGCCUUUAUCUCUCAGUUUGACCAAACCUCUGGAACAUGGAAACUCUCAAACCCACAAGAUGAAAUAAAAUGUUUCCAAAAUGA